AUGGCUGAAAGGUUGACAAUUGAGCUACAAUAUGAGUAUCGGAUUGAACCAAGCCGAUCCUGCACAAGCCAAGCUGAACGGAGCCCAAGCCCAGCCCAGCCACGACGAGAAUUGCCAAGCCUAGCCAUACUAGAUCAGCCCAGCCCAACCCCACCAAGCCCAGCCAAACCAAGCCAAGCCCAGCCCAACCCAGCCCAGCCCAACCCAACCAAACCAAGCCCAACCCACUGCCCAUCCCAAUCCAACCCAACCAAACCCAGCCAAUCGAAGUCCAGGCAGCCCAGCCCAUCCCAUCCCAUCAAGCCACACCCAACCCACAUCCAACCAAGCCAACGACCAGCACAGCCCAGCAACAAGUCCAGCCCAACCCAACCCAAGACUCAAUCAUUAAACCCUGCUCUGACCCAUCAAGCUGAAACUACAGGCUUUCAUAAAACCAAAGAAGCCGGGUUAGGAAAUUAA